UAAACUGUCAACGCGUAAGUGCAACUUCUGAGGUUAUGUUUGAAUAUUAUUUAUAAACAAUUUUCGAGAAUUUUACGGUCACCAAAAUGUCCAAUCUAGAUGGAAACUGUACUGAAAAUGUACACCCCCUGACGAAGUGUCACCCUUUGCGUCUGCACCCCUUCAACUGUGAAAACAGCAACAUAGACGCUUUUUCUUGCAAGAACUGUGACUUUCGAACAGAACUCACCCUUUUGUUCAAACGACACAUCGAAAUCUGUCAAAGCACCAAAACGGACGAUCUUUCAAAUGAGGACUACUCAAUCCAGAGCUAUGUUUGUGAAAAGUGCAGUUUUGAAACACACUUUAUAUUUAAGUGGCUUCAGCACACUGCACAAUGUUGUAAAUCUGACACGAAAGCUCCCAGGUGGUAUAAAUGUGACCACUGCAAAUACAAAUCAAAAUAUAAACACGCGUUAGAAAGACACAGAAUCUCGAAACACAUGAACGACGGAGACAUAGUGUGGUAUCACUGUCCCAAAUGUCCGUACAAAGCUAAACAUAAAUCUAAUUUAAAAACUCACCGACUUAAACACCAUUUAAACAGGAAGAGUCUUAAAUGGCAUGAAUGCAGUCUAUGUGAAUAUAAAACUGAAUUCAAAGAUGUCUAUAACCGUCAUCUACGCAUUCGCCAUUUUGACGAACAAGAUUGUAGAUUUAAAUGCACACAAUGUUCGUACACCUCGAAACAAAAAAUAUCGUUGAACAGACACGUAAAUUUACACCACUCGGGUGGUAAGGACGUGAAAUGGUACAAGUGUGAUAAGUGUUCGUACAAAGCAGUACAAAAAGAUAAAUUAAAACGUCACAUAACCGCCCACCAUUUAAAUGAACAAGACAUUAAAUGGUACAAAUGCCAAAAGUGUUCAUACAAAGCUAAACAACUGUGUAAUUUGAAAGCACACAUAAACGCGCGUCAUUUGGACGAAGAUGACAUUAAAUGGCACGAAUGCCAGAAGUGCCCAUAUAAAAGCAAAUGCAAAUCGAAUUUAUAUGUGCACAUAAAUGCGCACCAUUUGGAUGAACAAGACAUUAAAUGGUACGAAUGCACAAAGUGCCCAUACAAAGGUAAACAAAAAUCUUUGUUACACCAACACAUUAAAACUCACCAUUUGAACGAAAAUGAUGUUAAAUGGCACAAAUGCAAAAAGUGCCCGUAUAAAAGCAAAAGUAAUUCUGGAUUGAAAAUUCACAUAAAUGCGAUUCAUUUGGACGAAAAUGAUGUGAAAUGGUACGAAUGCAGAAGAUGUCCGUUUAAAGCUAAACAGAUGUGUAAUUUGAAGUCCCAUAUAAAUUUCCGUCAUUUGGAUGAGGAGAAUAUUAAAUGGUAUGAAUGCAAAAAGUGUCCUUACAAAUGUAAGAAGAAAUCAAACUUGAAUGUGCACAUAAAUACGCACCAUGUAGAUGCACGAGAUGUUAAGUGGUACGAAUGUGAAAUGUGUCCUUAUAAAGGUAAACAGAAGGUUCAGUUACAAAAGCAUAUAAACACAAAUCACUUGAAUGAAAGUGAUGUUAAAUGGUAUGAAGUGCCCAUGCAGAAGUAAAUUUUUUUGGCUGAGAAGUCACGUUAGUGCGUAUCAUUUGGAGGAAGCGAUAUGACUAAUAUUAAUGUUAAUUUAUAAGUUUAUUAGUGAAUAAGUACGUAUAUGCAACCAACUGUACACGCAAUUGAAUCACAA